UUGAAGCACUAAAAGCUAUAAUGCAGAGAGAUGGAAUGAGAGAGGAGAAAUAAAGAAAAGGAAGAAGAACAUGUUCAUGCUUUGUCGGCCAUUUCUUUUUAUGUAUGUUUGGCCUUAAAUUCAUUUUGCUGCUCGACACACACUGCCUCUUCAUUAGUUUCUUUCUCCAUAAUCCUACAGACCCUACAAAAUGAAGAAAACUGUUUCUUUUAUUGAAUUUUGAUUUCUUUUUUCAAAUAUGUUCAGGGAAAGUUUGGAAAUUUUACCUGGGGAGAAACAAGGUUGAGUUUUCUGGGAACCUGAUGAUCAUGGGAGUAUAUUGAUAGCUGGGAUUUGGUUUUGAGUCAUUUCAGCCCUUUAAGACUGCAGUUUUUGGCUAUGGGGAUAUCAUUAUUUUGUAGACUGAUCACUGUUCUUAUUGCUAUUCAUGUCCAUUUUGUUCAUCAAUCCAAAGGGCUUAACUCUGAGGGUCAGUUUCUUCUUGAUAUCAAGAUUAGUUUUGGUGACGAGUUUAACCAUCUGGAUAAUUGGAACCCUAAUGAUCCAAACCCCUGUGGCUGGAGAGGUGUGAAUUGCACCAUCAUUUAUGAUCACACCCCUGUUGUCCAGUCCCUUAAUCUGAGUUCAAUGAACCUGUCUGGUUUUUUGUCUCCCAAAAUUGGUGGUUUGGUUCAUUUGACUACCCUUGAUCUUUCUCACAAUGGGUUGUCAAGGAACAUCCCUAAAGAGAUUGGAGAUUGUUCAAGUUUGGUGAUUCUCAAUCUCAAUGACAACGAAUUUGAAGCUCAAAUCCCCAAAGAACUAGGCAGACUUUCCUUUUUGACAACUUUAAACAUAUUCAACAAUAGGCUAUCAGGGCCUUUCCCUGAUGAGAUUGGGAACCUUUCUUCCUUGUCACAGUUGCUUGCAUAUAGCAACAAUAUCAGUGGGACCUUGCCAAGUUCUUUUGGGAAUCUCAAGAGGCUAACAAGUUUCCGAGCCGGGCAGAACUUGUUGACGGGGAGUUUACCUUCAAGUGUAGGUUCAUGUGAGAGCUUGGAGUAUCUUGGUCUAGCACAAAACGCGUUGACCGGCGAUCUACCGAGAGAGAUCGGGAAGCUGAAUAACUUGAGAGAGUUGAUCCUUUGGGAGAAUCAGCUCUCUGGUUUGAUUCCUGAGGAGCUUAGCAAUUGUACAAGUUUGAGUACUCUUGCUUUGUAUGACAACAAGCUUGUUGGAAGGAUACCCAAGGAGCUUGGGAACCUUAUAAAUCUCAAUAAGUUGUACCUUUACAGAAACCAACUGAAUGGAACAAUCCCCAAAGAGAUUGGGAAUCUUUCAUUAGCUGAACAAAUCGAUUUUUCGGAGAAUAUGUUGACCGGAGAGAUACCGGUUGAGUUGAGUAAGAUUGAAGGACUAACUUUGCUUUAUCUUUUUGAGAACCAGCUUACAGGUGUUAUCCCUGUUGAGCUAACCACCUUGAAGAACUUGUCAAAGCUUGAUCUCUCCAUAAAUGAUCUCACCGGUCCGAUUCCUAUGGGAUUUCAGUAUUUAACAAACUUGACCAUGUUUCAGCUCUUUGACAACUCACUGAGUGGGAGCAUUCCUCAGAUGCUUGGGGCUUAUAGUCCACUUUGGGUGCUUGAUUUAUCAGAUAAUCAACUAAUGGGAAGGAUCCCUCGUCACCUUUGCCGAAACUCGGGCCUCAUAUUUCUGAACCUGGGGUUAAACAAGCUUACUGGGAAGAUUCCAUCUGGUAUUACAAGCUGCAAAUCACUGGUUCAACUUCUUUUAGUUGGAAACAGUCUUAUAGGGAGUCUUCCAUCUGAUCUAUGCAAAUUGGUGAAUCUUUCUGCUAUUGAACUUGGCCAGAACAAGUUCAGUGGUCUGAUUCCACCCGAGAUUGGAAACUGCAGAAGCUUGCAAAGGCUUCAACUUUCAUACAACAACUUUACAUCAGAGUUGCCUAGAGAGAUUGGUAAUCUUUCCCGGUUGGCGAUCUUCAACAUCUCAUCGAACUCCCUCACUGGAAGGAUACCACCAGAGAUUUUCGAUUGCAAAAUGCUUCAACGACUCGAUCUCAGCCGGAACAGAUUUACAGGGAGGUUACCUGGUGAGGUGGGAGCACUUUCUCAGUUGGAGCUUCUCAAGCUUUCAGAAAAUAAUCUAUCAGGGGAAAUCCCUCCAGCAUUGGGGAAUCUCUUGCGUUUGACCGAGUUACAAAUGGGAGGCAACUCAUUCAAUGGCAACAUACCAGCUGAAUUAGGUGCACUCUCUAGCUUGCAAAUUGCUUUGAAUCUCAGCUACAACAAUCUCUCUGGACCAAUCCCUUCUGAGCUUGGGAAUAUUGUUUUACUUGAAAACCUUGUGCUUAAUAACAACCAUUUGAGUGGUCAAAUACCAGGUUCUUUUGCCAAUUUAUCCAGCUUACUCGGAUGCAACUUCUCUUAUAAUGACUUAACGGGGCCUAUACCGUCUCUACCGCGCCUCGACAACAUGGCGGUCAGCAGCUUUAUCGAGAACAACGAUCUCUGCGGUGGGCCUCUCGGUGGUUGUAAUCCAACACCGUCACUCUCGCUUCAGCCGGAUGCAAAAGAGAAAGGUACUCGACUAGGCAAGGUUGUGGCUAUAGUUGCAGCAGCCAUUGGUGGAGUUUCUCUUGUUUUAAUAGUAGUUAUUAUUUAUUUCAUGAGACAACCAGUCAAAAUGGUUGCUCCAUUGCAAGAAAAACCUACUACCGCUCGAGUUUCAGACAUUUACUUUUCGCCUAAAGAAGGGUUCACUUUCCAGGACUUGCUUGAAGCCACAGAAAAUUUUGAUGAGAGCUUUAUUGUUGGUAGGGGAGCAUGUGGAACGGUGUAUAAAGCUGUCUUACCAAGUGGCCACGUCAUUGCUGUUAAGAAGCUUGCAUCCAACAGGGAAGGCAAUAACAACGUCGACAACAGCUUCCGCGCCGAGAUCCUAACCUUGGGAAAUAUCCGACAUCGGAAUAUCGUAAAGCUUUAUGGUUUCUGCUACCACCAAGGUUCAAAUCUUCUUCUUUACGAGUACAUGUCAAGAGGCAGCUUGGGGGAGCUUCUUCAUGGAGCAUCCUGUAAUCUUGAUUGGAGAACAAGGUUCUUGAUUGCCUUGGGGGCUGCUCAUGGUCUUGCAUAUUUGCAUCAUUAUUGCAAGCCUAGAAUUUUUCACCGCGAUAUAAAGUCGAAUAACAUAUUGCUCGAUGAAAAGUUUGAAGCUCAUGUAGGCGACUUCGGAUUAGCGAAAGUCAUCGACAUGCCGCAGUCCAGAUCAAUGUCUGCAAUUGCAGGUUCUUAUGGCUAUAUUGCUCCAGAGUAUGCAUAUACCAUGAAAGUCACAGAAAAAUGUGACAUCUAUAGCUAUGGAGUAGUCUUACUGGAAUUGCUGACCGGAAGAACACCGGUUCAACCACUAGACCAAGGCGGCGAUCUUGUGACAUGGGUGAGAAAUUACGUUAGAAAUCAUUCAUUGUCACCCGGAAUACUCGAUGCUGGAUUGAAUCAACAAGAUGAGACAACUGUGUCUCAUAUGAUAACAGUCUUGAAAAUUGCUUUGAUAUGCACUAGCAUGUCUCCUUCCGAAAGACCGACAAUGCCGGAAGUUGUUUCGAUGCUUAUAGAGUCCAACAGGCGCGAAUGCCACUUCGAUACCUCCCCGAGUCAUGACACCGAUUGACUCGGAUGAAUUAGCUGACAUUGUAGAACAUAUGUAGCAGACCGCCUUGUAAAUUCCCUCAUGGAACAUCAUCUGCUUUCUUGCAGUCAUACUAAUAUUAUUUUUCCUGCAAUAUUUUGUUUACUU